UUUCUCUGUACGCUGCAGUAGGACGGGCCGUGUAAGGGAACAGGGAGGUGCCGUGCAGCACACAGAGGGGCGGGUGAAAGAAGUUUCCUGUUGCAGAGAGGAAGUUUGGGGAGGUUGCAGUUCUCCGCCUGCUGCAUGCUUAGCUGCACGGACGCCGCUAACCUGGGGGUGGGAACCCGUCCAGACAGCUGCGUACAGAGGAGCUGACUAGCGAUGACAUGGAAACACAGGCUGUCACUCUGCCUGGGCGCAGGCGGCUGCUAGUGCUGACAGUGGGGGAGCAGCAGCUGCAAAUGGCCGUGGCAGACGCUACAGAAGUGCAUGCGGGAAAUGUACAUGUUAUAUAAAUGUCUCACUUGGAGAGUCUGCACUAUAAACUGUUCCUGCAUGGUGAGAUGCCCGGGGGGGAACCAGCAACGGAGAACAACUCUGCAUGUGAGCGGUGCACAGAGCAACUCCAUAACACUUCCCAGUACCGAGCACAGAGACAGAGAGCUAGGUAUCACCUGGAGCCUCACACCCCACAGGUGCACCCCAGCGAUCUACUGCUCUCUGGCAUGCAGCAGCCCCAGGACAUGACUACACCUGUAAACGAUCUUCAGCACCACGACCAGGAACUACCCCAGCGAGGUGCACCUGAUGUACAUGAGCAGCAUUGCAGACCUCUGCUAUUGCAAUUAUCCUCCAGCACUAACCAUGAUGAACAUAUACUACGGACUGCACUGCACUCACCAGGGCUGGAACACUUACUGCAGGGAGCAAAUCACCAGCUUGGCCCAACAGCUGUAAGGAAAGAUGUGCAGGUAUCAAGGUUGCAGAAAGGUGAUGGCCACCUAGAAGAUCCACAGGGAGAACUGCUGAAUAAAUUGCAUGGAUUAAAUUUGGGGGAGCAAGGUGUGCAAGUAUACAGUGCUAAUGAGGAACAGCAGCUGCACCCACCUUUGCACACUCUUGGUAAUGUCAAGCUGUUCUCUACUGACAUCAAAUAUCCUGAGACCCUGUCCACAGAAGAGUCACCCCGCAGGAGAGCCCGGUCACUGCCAUGGAACGCUAUUCCAGAGGCUGAUGUAGAAGAAGAGGAGGACUCUCUUAUGUGCUGUUGUAAAUUAAAAAAGAAAGUGAAGUUUGCAGACUCUUUUGGGCUUACUCUGGCCAGUGUAAAACACUUCCUGCCUUCUGAUGAGCCACUUGUACCAAGGGCUGUGCUAGCAAGAUUGCAGAGUUACCCUCCCACUGUGUGUGCGCAAAGGGCAGAGUUAAAUUUAGAGGAAGACAUGUUCAGAGCAGAAUGGGUUCCUCCAUCCAUCAUCCCUGCAGAGUUACUGACCAGGCUGGAUGAGCAGGGGGUGUGUCUGGAGCAAGUAUCCUCAUCUAGUUGGGGGGUACGUGGGUCUGUUUUAGUGAAGGCCCCAGAAGAAAAGGCCCAGGUUAAAAUCCGAUACACUUUUAAUGAAUGGCUGUCUUUCCUGGACUGCUUGGCCUUUGCCGCAGAGGAGGGUGCCCCAUUUCAUGUUCCAGGAACUCGGCGCUUCUACUUUAAUCUGAACUACCCACCCUCUACCUCCUGCUUACAUUUUGCCAUAUGCUUAAAUACAGGGGAUGGACAAGAACUCUGGGACAACAACAAGGGGGUGAAUUACACUGUGAGUUUUCAGCAGGAUCAGCUCCCUGAAGUCCAGUCCUCAAGCCCUGAGCAGGAGGAGUGGGGGGGUUCUCGGCUCUGGUAGCAUUCUGCAGUCUCAGCUGCUGUAGUCUCACUUUGUUCUAAAAUAGAUAAAAGCAUCACGCAUCCAUCACUAUAACUCAUGUCAAUAGACUAUGUGAAAGUGAUUGAGCCAGUUUCAACUGAAGGACAAUGAUACAUUGGGAGGAAAGAGCAAUUUUUAUUGGUAGACUUUUUCACUUAGAAUUUAGUCAUGUUGAAAUCCUGUACAAUUCAGUGGGGAAAUACUUCGGCUCCUGAGCAACGAAUGUAUGCAACAGUUUAUUUCAUAUAUGUAUCCCGCAAAGCAAAUGUUAUUUGGCAAUAUGCUAAUAAGUGGUACUGAAUAUUGGCACACAUGAAUAUUAAGGGACAUGGCAGGCAAUUUGUAUUAUGGUAAAUGAUUUGCUUCCAAUGCCUUCAGUAAUACAGUAUAGCACAAUGAGUCGCACUAUCUACUGAGGGGACAAGAGCUUAGUUUUAAAGUGCUUCAUGCAUGGUUUAUACAUCUGAUGCAAUGGUUAGGAUAAAUUCUGCUGCUAGUUUUCUGAUGACUUAGAUCUGUGUCUAAAUAGUGCACAUAAACUGUAUAUUGGGCUGAUAAAAUGGUUCUUUUGAAACCGUAAUUUAAAAAAAAAUGUAAAGAGAUAGGUUCUUUGCACACUUACUGCAGGCAAGUAAUUACUCUUAUAGAUAUGCACUAGUCAUCUUUUUGCACAAGUAUAGAAAUAUAUAUUUGGAUCGUCCUUCUAAGAUCCAAAAUAAUAUUACCUUUUUUAUGCAUAAUCCAGUAUCCCUUCAUUAAAGUGUUUAAGGAUACAAAAUGGUUUUCCAGAAUACUGUGAAGACCAAUAAGUCUGCUGUUAGGUUGAAAAGUUGGUGGGAGUGGUAAUUACUGUGAUUGGAUAGUACUCGGGUCAGAUGUUCAAUAUGAAAGUCUUGCAGUUUUCUGUAAAAUAUGUUGUCUGUUCAUCCUUUGUGGUAACGGUUGUAUGCACUUUGUCUUUAAUCCAUGCACUUUUCUAUUUUUUACAUAAUUAAAAAAAAUAUAAUUUUCAUGCAUUUUUUGCACAGUUGAGUGUCUGCAUUAAAGGUACAGUAUUAUGCAGCAAGCAUUUACCAACCUCUGCAUAAAAGGGUGUGGUAUAGAAGAUCUACACCGCCUAGAAAGACAGGUUGACCUCAUAUGGUCGACAGGGUCAAAAGGUUGAAAUAAUGGUUGUCACAAAAAAAGGUUGACAAGUUUGUUGUUUUUUUAAGUUUUUUUUUUUUUUUUUGUAUCCUUUUGUAUGUUUAACCAUAUCUAAGCACAAAUAGAGGAAACUUUUACCCUCGUGGGUUCUUUAUUUUCCAUGUUUUGGGCAAGGUGGCUUGCUCCACUACCACUGCGCUUGGCGCAGGUUACUAUUCCCAAUCAUAGUCCACGUGGAUAGUAAAGCCAGAGUUGAAAAAACAUGAAAACCCAAAAAAAAACUUGUUGACCAUUCGCAUGUCGACCUGAAGCACUGUCUACCUUUUAUCUGUUGAACUUGUGUACCUGUUGACCUAUACAUUGGAACUGUAUAUAAAAGCAUGUGCAAAAUAAAGCUGCAGAAAAUGAAUGUUCAACAUUUA